AUGGGCCACCUCCCGGAGACCAGGAUGUAUUUUCCGGCUUCUGCACACUCCAGUAUAUUGCAGGAAGCGGUUGGAGAGGGUGCCGUUUCGGAACUCCUUAUCAGAAGUUACAAGAGGAGUUUCAACGGGUUCUCUGCCAAGCUCACAGAAAGUGAGGCCAAGAGAAUAGCCAGCAGAGAGGACGUAAUUUCUGUAUUCCCCAGUGGGACUUUCCACCUCCACACGACAGGAUCAUGGGACUUCAUGGGCUUCCACGAGACGGCAAAGCGAAACCCAUCGAUCGAGAGUGAUAUAAUAAUUGGAGUUCUCGAUAGCGGUGCCUGGCCUGAGUCGGAAUCAUUCAGCGACAAGGGUUUUGGUCCUCCCCCCAAGAAGUGGAAGGGUACCUGCCAAGGAGGCGCCAACUUCACCUGCAACAACAAGCUCAUUGGAGCACGGUUCUACGCCGACGGCUCACAUUCUGCAAGGGACUCUUUUGGCCACGGGACGCACACGGCCUCGACAGCGGCCGGUAACCCAGUGAAUGGUGUGAGCUUUUAUGGAUUAGGGAAUGGGACUGCGAGAGGUGGGGUUCCAUCUGCGAGGAUUGCCGUGUACAAGGUAUGCAAUGACAAAGGAGACUGCGGGAAUGCCGACAUCCUGGCUGGCUUUGAUGAUGCCAUUGCAGAUGGGGUCGACAUCAUUACGGCAUCACUGGGUGGAAAUUUGGCGCAGAGCUUUGACACGGACCCUGUCGCGAUUGGAGGCUUUCACGCAAUGGAGAGAGGGAUCCUCACGACACAGUCUGCAGGGAACCAGGGGCCACAUGAAGGGACAGUCUCGAGUGUGGCCCCGUGGCUCUUCACCGUGGCGGCAAGCAACACCAACCGAGGGUUCGCAACCACUAUAGGGGCCAAGUUUAGUUGGACGGCAAACACCAUAAGUGCAUUCCCAUCCAUGAACACGAGUGCCCCGGUUGUACAUGGGCUGCAGGUGACAAGUAAUUGCACGGAAGACCUUGCCAGGGAGUGCAGCUCCACUUGUUUGGACAGCAAGAAAGUGACUGGAAAAAUUGUGCUCUGCGACACGGAGUUUCGCGACGGUAUCGAGGAGGCUGCCAGUAAAGGAUCUGCAGGGGUGAUCGCGCAGUGCAACAGUCAAACACCCUAUCCUGAACCUUUCGUCACUCCGAUUCCAAUGCUUUGUUUUACAAAGGAAAUCUACCGAUCUUAUGUCGCGCACUUCAAUAAUGAAAGGGAACAAAUAUGUGAACCCUCGGUUCUCUUUCCCUGGCGCAGGAACCUCACAGGACAGAUUCUGAAAUCUGAGAAUGUCGAAAAUAUUGAUCCUCAUCCUAUGGUUGCUUCCUUCUCAUCACGGGGCCCAAAUAAGAUUGCUGCAGACAUCAUGAAGCCCGACAUAAGUGCCCCGGGGGUGAAUAUCUUGGCUGCGUUUUCCCCUCUCGGCUCACCUUCAUCUUUCCCUUCAGACAAGAGGAGUGUGAGUUACAACUUCCUGUCAGGGACCUCCAUGGCUGCCCCCCAUGUUGCCGGUGCAGCAGCGUACAUUAAGUCAUUUCAUCCCGAUUGGUCUCCCGCUGCCAUCAAAUCAGCUAUUAUGACUACCGCUACUCGGAUGGAUGUCAGGUCUGAUCCCCAAGGUUGCGGUUCAGGCCACAUUAAUCCGGUAGACGCUGUGGAUCCAGGUCUCGUGUACGAGAUUGAGAAAAAGGACUACCUCAGCUUCCUCUGCAACUUGGGGUACGACUUGGGGAAAAUUUCGUCGAAUAAAACCAAAGGCUGUCCUGAAGAAGGAUCAAAGAACAUGUCCCCAGCGAAGCUCAACUACCCUGCUUUCUUCUUCAGAGUGCCAAUCAUGAAGUCUUUCGUUGUAGCCUUGGAGAGGACCGUGACGAAUGUGGGUCCCCCGAACUCGAUCUACAGAGUAUUGGUUCCGCAGAUUGACCCAAGUUUCCGAACGACAGUCGAUGUAUUCCCGAAGGCACUCCGUUUCAAUUCAGUAGGCGAGAAGCAGAUAUUCAAAGUGGUGGUUUCAGGAAAAGAAGUUAUAGAGGGGACCGUUAUCCACACUGCCAUCUUGUGGGCAGAUGGACAGCGUAGUGUGUCAACUCCGAUCACCAUAUAUUCAGCGCCACAAUAG